ACAACACCACCUAGCUUUCGCAAUAUUCUCAGUGAAUUAUUAAGCACUUCCGAUAGUCACUACUAACUGAGAAUAAUUACCCUUGUCAUUAGCUUUACAACUCAUGAGUUAUUGAUUUACUGCAAACUAGCACCCGCGGACCGUCCCUUUGGGAAAACGGGUAAGGGCGAAAGGGCCGGGGAGGAGGGGGGGGGGCGGUACGACAGGCGCUUUGGUCGAAUCAAGUGGGGGUGCGCAGUCAGGGGAAGGCGAGCACCGAGGUCGAACGUGGCCGCACUAGCCGUGAACGACAUGUACCUAGAGAAGGAAUGGCUGUGGCGGUGGGGGCGUUCCGUAGGCCAGGCGCCCUUCUCCCUCAGACGGCGCUGCGGCUGCCCGCCGCCGCGGGUCGGGAGGCGCUGCAGGUGCGGGGCUGCGGCCGCGCUCCUCCCCUCCCGACGGUGGGAGGCGUACUCCCUCGCGCUCGUGCUGAUCAGCGUGCCGUCCACCUUCGUGGCGCUCUUCUACCUCCGGCAGAAGGCAGAAGAAAUGAACCCAUCGCCCUCGACCUCCACUAAAACCGACAAGAUGGCGGAACGGUCGGACAUGCUCGUCGUCAUGCUGAGCGGCAACGUCGCUGUUCUGCAGGCCCUUCUCACCCGCCGACACUUCCACGUCUUCGUAGAGGAGGUGACCACGGUGGACAGGCUGGUGCGGGCGCGCACGCCCUUCGUCCCGCUGUGGCUACUGAUGUGGCUGUCCUCCGUCGUGAUGCUCAGCGUCCUGGACCUCAUAUCGGUGUACGACGCGGGCGGUGGGCUGCACGCCGCCAGCCACGUUCCCAACCACGUCAACUACCUGCUCGUCUACACCAUGGAGGUUCUGUUCGCGGAGGACAGCUACAGCAUCUGCAGUCGCUUCAGGACGCUCAACGCUCGCCUCGAGUCGGCCUGCCUCGUCGCGGCCGCCCGCUACCCCCUCGAGCUCCGGCCGGGGAUGGCUCCGGUGCGUCAGCCGUCUCGGCAGCGAGAUCCCUGGUCCGACAAGUGGUCCGUCUGGGCGAGGACAACGUCGAAUAGCGACCUGCCUCUCGUGCCCUCGGUCAGCGGCGCCCUGGAGCUUGACGGCAUCCCCAUCCACCACCUCCAGGACGCGUACGCACUGCUUUGCUCGAGCGUGCACAACGUGACCCGCCGUUACGGCCCCGUGCUCGUCAUCGACGUGCUCAACCUGCUGUUGCACUUUGUCACCACGUCCUACUUCUUCCUCUCCGUGCUCAUGUACGACGCGCGGCUGCAGAAGCAGAUGGAGCAGCAGCACCAACACCGUCGAGAGGUGUACGUGACGAUGCAGGGCCUAUGGAUCUUCGCGCACCUCAGCCGUUUGGGGCUUCUGGUGCACCCCUGCUCCAAGGUCAAGGAGGAGGCCAAUAAGACGGGGGCCUUGGUGGGGACAUUCUUGAACAAGCUGAACCCGAGUUGUCACUUCCGCCGACAGGUAUGA